AUGGAUCGAUACGAGGUACUAGCAGACUACAACCAGUGGACCGACGCAGACAAACGAGCAAACUUCGGCAUUUACCUCGAAGGACCAGCAAGACAGUGGUUUCAAUGCCUGACACCACCCAACGGGUGGGGAGACACUGCGGCAGUAGCAGCCACCCAACAACAGGCCGGGACACCGGCGAUAAGCGGAAUGCGUUCCAUCUUCAUAAAAGAAUUCCUUCAAGAUAGCUAUGCCGGAUAUCAAGAAAGGAAACUUCGGAACCACAAACAAGGCAUAAACGAACCCGCCGCAGAAUACUACUACGAGAUAAUAAACUUAUGCCGAUUGAUGGACCCUAACAUAUCCGAAGAAGCAAAACUACACCACCUCUACGAAGGACUAAAACCUACAUUGGUGGAGAAAAUCUGGGUCCUACAACCCAAAACUUGCAUCGACUUCCUAACAGCGGUAAGGAGACACACCGAAGCAGCCGAACUAGCAUGCAACAAAGGAUGGGCCGUCCACAUGCUAGCAGAAGAAAGGGAGAGAGAAGAGGAAACAAGAGUCGCAGCAGCAACCAGCAGGGAUAACGAGGAACCCUCACUCAAGCAACUUCUAGAAGUCCUGCAACAACUACAAGGAGAAAUAGUCGCUAUGAAGAAACACGGGGGAAGGAAGGAGAGGAGCCGAGCAGACAACGGAACAACACAAAGCCAGAAUGAAGCAACACCCUCACAAAGGACAGCAGAUGGACGGCCGAUCUGUUUCUACUGCAAAGCCGAGGGGCACAUUAGGAGAUACUGUCCAAAAAAGAAAGAAGACGACGACAGACGUAACAACACGACCGUCGCAAUGAUCAGCACAUCGGACGAAGAAGAUGACAAGGAGAUACCCCUGCUAUAUAUCGACGUGGGACAACUGUUGACCGAAGAAGUGACAAUUGGAACAAACGACACGGAAAAAAAGACCGAAGCGGUAAUCGAUACAGGAGCAGCGGUAUCGAUCAUAUCCCCCAAACUAACAGCAGAAAUAACCCUAGAACUCAAGACCUGGGAGGCGCCACAAAUCGUAAUGGUAAACGGACAGCGGACACCCCCCUUAGGAAGAUUGGAGCUGACAAUAACCAUUGGAACGACAACAGUCCAAGCGAAGGUGCUAGUACUGGAGAUGCGAGGGAUCAACCUACUCUUAGGCAACGACGUGCUGAGACGUUUUAAAAAACUGGAGAUCGAAUACGGCAAGGGGAAAACAAAGAUGCGAUUCGGCGAUCUACCAGUACGGAUGGCAAUCGAAGACCAAACACCAACACCGGCCACAAAGAUAGUAGCAAAAAGUGGGGCAAGAAUCCCAGCAAGAUCCAUGGCGGCCGUGGAGAUAGAACAAACUGAAGCGACAAAACCAACAUUGGACGGCCGCCCCUGGAUGAUAGAACCAGCAACCAACCGCACAUCAGGACCGACACCAGGAAGAGCCCUCAUGCCUGGCGACUGA